AUGAAGAAAAUUUCUAACUAUAUCAAUGCAUUGAUUGGUAAAGGAAACACUCCAUUUUUAUAAAAGGUUAAUUCAAGUUCAUUAAUGAAUAAUACUCCAAUAAUUUUGAUGACAGAUAUUUUAUAUUUAAUUGAAUGUUUUGAAGGGUAUGGACCAGAAUGUCAAGGAAUUUAUUUGACAGGACAAGAAUAUUUAUAAUAAUUUUUUCAGGAACUAUCUUAAAAACCUUUGAGUGGGUUGAUGGCAGUAAAAAUUUCAUUAACAAUCCAUUUGGUUUUAUAUGAGUUUUAAAUAGGGGAAAUUGUGGCUGAAGAGAUGAUAUCAAGAGAUUAUAAGCUAUAAGUAAUUGAAACAUAGAGUCAUGGAUAAUUUGUAUAGAAUUAUUUGAUGUACCUAUUCAAGUUGGCUUAGAAUUUGAAAUUGUUUUAUUCAUGUAAAAUUGGAUAAUAUCCAAUCUUUGAUUAGGAAGUAACUUAUACAAAUUAUAGUGAAUCUACAAGAGAAAAUCAAAUAAACUAAUUUAAAAUGUUCAAAAAGUAAUAAAACUUUAAGGAUACUAAUCUUUAAUAUCGUGAAUAUUAAUAGAAGAAACUAGAAACCCAUUUAUAAAAUAAGACUGGAUACAUAACGAUAGAUUAGAAAAUCCUCUAUUUAUUUAAAUUAUUAAAUUUAUUGAAUCAAUGCAUAUAAAUAUUGAAUUUGUGUAUAGGUGUGUGUUAAAUUGAAUAAUAAGAUAUAAAAAAUAUAUAUAUAGAGAUUAGUUGUGUAUUAUGGAAUGAUACUAUGGUGAUGUAUAAAUUUGCAACUUUAGAGGUAUACAUAUAUAUAUUUAUAUAAUUCAUGAUAGAUAUGCAAAAUUCUAGAUUCAUUUCGUUUCUUGCCUCUUUAAUAAUUAUAAUCAUUAUAAUAGGUAUAUUGGGCAACAACUAAUUCUACAAAGAGUAUUAAGUGGAUAUAUAAUAAUAGAAAGUAUUUUGAUAGUUAAAACAUUGUGAAAUAGCCAUAUUGGUUUGAAGAGAAUAAUCAAAUUAUUAGAGAUAUAUAAAAUAGUAUAAUUGAUAGUAAGAUGAAUUCAAUUCCAGAGUAAAAAAAUUAUUUAUUAAUGUAGAUCUUGUCGUUAAUUGAAAUUAUAAACUCCUCAAAGUUCUAAAUUGAAAUCUCCAAUGCAAAUUUAAUAACCUUAUUCAGGAAGAAUAUUAAAUUAAAGAAAUCAACCAUUUUUUAUAGCACAUAAGAAAUUAUAGGAAUCAAUAUCUUAAUAUACAGAGAUAAAGGAUUAAAGUUAAUAAUAAAAUAAUUAAAAGAAUAAUAAUAUUAAACAUGCAAUAUAUCCUAUAUUUUCAGAUGAAGAGAUGCAAUUGUCUCCAAAAAUUUAAUAAUAAGAAUUAAUAAAAUGA